GGGAUCUUGAAAUUUCAGAGCCAAACAACAAAUUCAACCAUUUCCCGUCCUUCUCCAUUAUGGCUCCCUUGGCUAAAAAUGUCUCCAUUCUCUUGCUUGUUCUCCUUCUUUCCUCUGUUCAUACUGGGGCUAGAGUAAGCAAGCAUGUCCCUAUAGUGGCAGCACCAGUGCUAGCACCAUCAAUUUCUCCAGCACCAGCACCAGCACCUAUAACUAGUGACAUCAGCUUUGCACCAACAUAUCUAGAAGUUCCCGCACCAGCACCAGCACCAAUUGAGAGUACUGACCAUCCCUAUGGCCUCUAUGGCGGUGUUUCUACUGUUUCUCCCACAAAAAAGACCACGACCACCGCCCUUGGCAAUGAGGAAGAUGAAAUUCCGGAAAUCAACAACGAAAGGCUCGCAGAAAACAAUGCCGGGAAUCAAUACUCCAAUGGUUACCCCAACAAUUACAACAACAAUGGCUACUCCAACAACUACAACAAUAAUGGAUACUCCAACAGGUACAACAGCAAUGGCUACUCCAACAGGUACAACAGCAAUGGCUACUCCAACAGUUACAACAGCAAUGGCUACUCCAACAACUACAACAAUAAUGGCUACUCCAACAACUACAACAGCAAUGGCUAUUCGAAUUCAGUCUACAAUAACAACAAUGGAUAUAGCAAUAGCUACAGGAAUGAGAAACAAGGGAUGAGUGACACAAGGUUCUUGGAGAAUGGUAAGUACUAUUAUGAUGUUAACAAUGAGAAUCUGAAUCAAAAUGGGUAUGAAUCAGUGAAGAAAAAUAGCAAUGCUGAAGGUUACUACGGUAACGGUGAAAAGUCCAAGUAUGAGUUUGAUUCCAUGGGAGAAUAUGAGAAGCAACAGGGAUAUCCAGGCACAGAAAAGUACUAUAAUCCUUGAACUUGGAAAUCAGCCAAAAAGGAAUGCAAAGGAGAAGAUACGCAUUUAACAUAUUUUACAACAGAAUUCAAGCUAAAUUAUAAUGGGAUGUAAUUUUUUUUUUCUUUCUUGAUUUGCCUUCUUCACUCAAACCGUAGUUCCAUUUGUGUUUGCACAACUUUUUUGCUCUGAAAAGUAAACCAGUGGAACUUUUUUACAAGUCCUUGUGAAUUGAAUUGGAGUCAUCUUACAAUUGUUCCUUUGUGGCUGGUUCUGUUAGAUUAUUUAAAGCUACGGCGGUA